GAGGGCAUCUAAUACCCACCACAGGAGGAGAAAAACCUAGUUGACGUUAGCCGCGAUUAGCUUAGGUUAGCUAUGUACCCCUAAAACAGCUUGGUGGACUUUUCGCACCCACGGUUAAAUGAAAAAAUAACUGAAGUAUUACACAAUUCACAGUAUCACCAACUGGUUUUUGAGAAUGUGCAGCCAUGGGUGACAUGAAAACCCCAGAUUUUGAUGAUCUUCUGGCAGCCUUUGACAUCCCUGAUGCCCCUGAACUGGAUUCCAAAGAACCCAUCCAGGGCAACCAUGAGGAGACAGAAAAUCAGCUGAAACGCUCAGGAAUGUGUUUAGAAGAUAGCCUACUAAGUGAUCAACCUGUCACCACAACAGAUAUCCCUCUUGUUAGUGUUAUAGUGAAAAACACAAGUCCCCAAGUGUCACUGGAGAGUUUUGAUGAUGUGCUUCAUUCAGGACAGUCAUUACAAAAUGGGUUCAAGGGACAGGAGGCCUGCACUGACCCCAUGGAACCCACCAACAUGGGAUUUUCUAAUUCAUUUCAUUGUGCUUUGAAUGGGGCAAGUUCAAGAGAGGUUCCUGGAAAUUCUCCUGUUCAGCAAAUGCCAGACAAAACUGCAAUAUUUUCCCAGUCACCUUCACAUUUUAGCCCCGUCUCUAGCCCUGAAGGCAUGGGCGCUUUGUGUAGUGAAGGUAAAAUAGCUUCAGAGGAAGAGAGAACCUGUUUUCCAGAAGCUCCAGUGGUAGAGGAACCUUUGGUCCUCGACAAUCAGAACAAAUUGGAACUUUGUGUUUUUGAUCAUUCUUCCAAGAACACUCGAGAAAGCAGAGCAGAAAAUGGUAGAAGUGAGGAGCUCUUGGAUUUCUGCAUCAGUAAUAAAACAGAGAAAACGCCUGAAGUGCACAAUGCAUUUUCCUCAUCAAGUAUUAACCUGGAUUUUAUUGAAACAAACUGCAAAUCCAAAAACACAUCGGCUCUUCCUUCCUCCUUUUCACCUGCCAAAUCUCAAACGCCUAAAUUGUCUUCAUGUCUUGAGGCCCUUGUUGCUCUAAAUGCUAGAAAAGACCCUAGCAAUCCAAGAGACUUGCCUGGGAUGCAGAAUGACUGUAUAAAAGCUAGCCAGGUUGUUGCUGUGUCCCCCAGAAGUCCACUUGAAGCAGUAAAACGGUUAAUGAAACCCUCUGAUAGCCCUGUGAGCAUCUGCAGUGAUGGCAGCGGUAAAGCAUCACCUGCGUUAACAUCUGGGUCAUCUCCAGCCAUACCCAGGGUUAGAAUUAAGACUAUUAAAACAACAUCUGGACAGAUCAAGCGCACAGUCACCAGUGUUCUGCCAGACUCGGAAACAGAUGACAUCCAUGCUUAUGAGUCCUCGCCAUCACAGAGCAUGGUUAGUGAGGACUCUUACUGUAACGCUUCCCCUCAUCCGCCUCAAAUGGUUGACUGUGUCAUUGAAACACAAAAUAAAAGUAACCCGGUGACCACGGCUUCACCAAAAAUUCCACAAACAAAGUCUGAGGAAAAGUUGAGAAGUCCUGCAGCAACAUCCGGUCAUUCUGUAAAAAGAUCUGGCACACAUCAGGUGCAUAAACCAAAGAAACCAUCGCCUACUGCAGGCCACACAGCUAACACAAACCUUCCACAAGCAAUGCACCUAGCUAGUCUGAACCUGGUCCCUCACAGUGUUGCUGUCUCAGUUGCUGCACGGCCCACCUCCCAUCAACAGAACACACACAUGCUUUCCUCUGCAGUGUGCAGCACUGUCCCUUUGGUACAUCAAAUCAAAACAGCCAAUCCACAACCACAUUCAUUUCUUCUAAACACAGCUGCAGGAACACUAAACAGACUGCUGAACAAUGCCAACCCGGUGCCUCUGUACGUGCCCAACUUGAGCCCCCCUCCAGAGAGCAACAUCAGCCUACCGCCACACGGGUACUGCUGCCUUGAGUGUGGGGACUCCUUUGGCAUUGAGAGGAGUCUUGUCCAUCAUUACAACAGGAGAAGCGUUCACUUGGAAGUAGGAUGCACGCACUGCGCAAAGACCUUGGUUUUCUUCAACAAGUGUGCCUUGUUAGCACACGCGCGGGAGCACAAAAGCAACGGCACAGUCAUGCAGUGCACACAGCUCCAUUUGAAACCCAUAUCAGAGGACCAGAUGUUUGCACCCAUGAGUACUGACCCAGUUUAUUCAAGUCCCCACACUUCACCUUUACUCUCACCCAAAAGUGAACCCGUCCUGCCUUUAUAUCCAGAUAAUGUCAUUCGCCACAGGCUCCGCUGUCUGGAGUGUAACAAGCAGUUAGCAGACUACAAAGCUCUCGCUGGUCACUACCAGAAGUUGUCAGAGAGUGCAGAAGGACUGAUUUGUAAAGUGUGCUCCAUGUUGUUACCCAACAAGUGUAGCUUCAGAGCUCAUCAGCGCAUCCAUGCCCACAAGUCUCCUUACUGCUGUCCUGAGUGCGGUGCCCUGAGCCGCUCUGCUGACAUACAGAAACAUGUCCGGGAAAACUGUCUGCAUUAUGCCCGCAAGGCUUGGUACAAAUGUCUUCACUGUGAUAUGGUUUUCAGAACGCUGCAAGGGCAAAAGACUCACAUUGAAGAGAAACACUGUGAAGUCUUUUACAAGUGCUCCAUCUGCCCAAUCGCUUUCAAGACCUCUGACGGCUGUGAAGCACACUCAGAAAGCAAACACAGCUCUAGCAAACAGUCACCACAGUUAGUCUUUAAAUGUUCGUGUGAGGCAAUUUUCAAGCAAAAGCAAAUAUUCUUUCAACAUUUCCUUCAAAAUGCCAACAAGCGGGUGACCUGUGUAUUCAAAUGUCCAGAAUGCAACUCGGUUUUCCCUCAAAAGCGACUGCUUAUGCAGCACUUCAAGGGUGUGCAUGUAGGAAACAUGACUGUAGAGUCUGAAAAAGACACUAAAGAAGAAGACCCCUCUGGCUGGUGCUCAGAUUCUCAUCCUACCCUAAAGCAGAGAAGUCAGGACACUCGUAAACCUGCAGAUAGUCCCAGAAAAAAGUCGGAGCAGGACAGCAGACCUCGGGUGAAGCCCAGCGGCUGGACGUGUGGCGAAUGUAUGCAGUCGUUCUCUGAGCGAGAAGCCUACAUUUCCCACAUGAAGGUCAACCAUGGAAAGUCGGUGAAGAAGUAUCCGUGCCGACACUGUGAGCAGUCUUUCAUCUCAGCAACCCGCUUGAGAAGACACAUCCGCAGCGACCAUGAUGGGAAAAGGAGAGUUUACACCUGUGGGUAUUGCACGGACACCAAGACAACAUUUACAAGUAGUGUGAUGCUGAAGAACCAUAUAAGUCUAAUGCAUGGUAUUAAAAACCCUGAUCUUGGUCAAAUGCCAAAAACAUCCACCCAGGAACACAAAAAAGCUUCACAAGAGGAGUAUGUAUCUGCCACGCUUGCUGCGGACACGCAGACCAACCACCAGGACCACACAGACCCCGGGGCGCCUUCAGCUAAACGUCCAAAAUCUCAGUUUCGCUGUUCCAAGUGUGGUUUUCUCACAAGCAGCAGUACAGAGUUCCAGCGGCAUAUACCUCAGCAUAAACAAGAUGAAAACACUCCUCAGUGCCUUCACUGUGGCCUGUGUUUUACGUCUGUGUUCUCUCUCAAUAGACAUCUUUUUAUCGUGCACAAAGUCAAAGACGCAGGGGAAGAAGGGAAGGAGGAGGGAGGUGUUGGGAGAAAGGAGCGCGACAGUCGGCCAGUGACAUCAGCAGAGGCUGGCGGGAUAAGAGACUUUGAUCCCUCGCCAGAAAAUCCUCACUGCACCGCUACCACAGACUCGCAUUUAAAAGUAAACACACUUUCUCAGACAGAAGCAGUCACUCUUCAGCAGUGAGAACCUCAUCAGCAGCUUCUUUUGUUUUAUUCCUGUUUGUUUUUGUUUUGUUUUGUUUUUUUUCUUGGUUUGAGCCACAUUUACGCUUCAGCAUCGGGCUGAUGCCAUCUCUUCCUGUCGUCUCAUAAGCCUCGUUGUUUAUUACAUGGCUCGCUGCUUUGCUGAAAAUUUUGACUCAUGUUAAGAAUAUAAAAUUUAACUGGCUGUAACAGUCGACUUGCUCAUGAUGCUAUCAGAAUAAUCACCUGCCUGCAUUUAUGUCUUCUUUUUACAAACGCUGCCAGUUGUCUCAUUUGACUUCCUCUAGGUUCUGUGUGCCAUCAGUUCAUACACUAAAUCAUAAUAUCACUCCGCACACUCGUCCUUUUUGAGUUUAGAGACCGCUAACAUGGUGCUUUAGAGGUUAAUGUGUUUGGCUGACAGACAAACAGGUCUCUGGUUUGAUCCUGCUCUGCAGAUGCGUAUAUGUGGAGUUUGAUUGUUCUUUUUUAUACCUGAAUAGUGUUUUUAAGGUACUCCUGCUACUACAGUCCCAAAAAAAAAAAUCUCAUGCUAUGGGUGAUUUGAUUAUUCAAGGUGCUUGUUUUGGCCCCAUUGUGAAAUCAUGUGGUUGUGUACCCCGACUCCAACCUGGUGACUCCUGAGGUGAAGUCAAGCUCCCACAGCUACAGAGGGUGCAGAACAUUAAGGGAAAAUAUUACAUUAACCAUCAACACAAGUAUAAAUCACAAGCAAAAGCUAAAAUAUGCAACGCUGAAGCAUCAAUUAGAAUUUUUUCCCCUUUUUUUUCAUAUUAUAUAUAUAUGGUACAGUACACAUGUAUGUUUAGACAAAUCCAUAUUUUGGGUAAAUAACAGAAUUGCCAUUUUUCAUUUAAUUACCCAUGUAUGUUAAUCUUUUCAAAUGUUUAUAUGGUUCAUUUUCUCCCUUUUAUUCCAUCCCAACAGAAUGCUCAGGAGUUUGUUAGCUUUGAUGGACUGAUGUAAUACUGAAGUCAUGGAUUUUCACUAUUGCAAGCAAUGAGGAUGACAUUUUUAUAAAGGUCUUAAUGCAGCAAGUUGCUAAUCUGAGUGGUAUUCACAUGGAGAAGUUUUACAACAGUUAUAUUGCUCAUAGGUUGCAUUUUUUUAUUAGAAAUACAUAUUCUAUUGUGAUUUAAUCAAGUAAAAGUUGGUAUUUUUUAAUUUGAACCUAAACAGUCAAAGAAAUGUCCUGUGAAGGCAGCAGAACGUUUUGAGAGAAAGCCUGUAGUUAGCUUUUUUUUUAAUCCAUUUAGCUCAUUUUGAAACACUUUUGUCUGAAUUAGAUUUUAUUUCAACUUUGGUAUCUUUUUCACAUGAGAGUGGAGGAAAAUGUGCUGCAGCAGUAUUAAAAAUACCUCAGAUUGCCAGAAAUAUAUUUUUCCAACACACAAAUGUCAGUGAUGUCAGGGUGGAGGAGUGAGUGCUAAUUUUGGUGGCACAUGUUUUAUUAACAUUUGAAUACUCAGUGGUUGUAGGGGGGUACAUGUCAGAGAUCGUGAUUGUAAAGGUUUUUGUUUGUUCUUUCCAGAAUCUGAAUUGUGAUGCAGAACCUCUUGUUUUGUGUUCUCCACAUGACGGUUCCUACCUCCGUGGUAAAUGGCAGCGAUUGUUAAAUGUCCGAAGAAUUUGCAGUUAAUCUCAGUGCAAUGUUAAAACAAAAACAAACAUUUCUAUAAUUUGUAUUCUCCUCCCAUGUUAUUCAAUUUUAUAAAUUAUUUUGGGAAUGGCAUUAAGGUUUUAUGGUCAUAUUGACUUAAAAAGUAAACUUUUUAUGGAAACGCUGUACGAGUCUUGAAAUCACCACCUGCAGGUGCUGGAAUAAGUCACUGGUUUGUGAUUUUUGUAAUCGUUUAAAAAAGAUAUUUGUACUUUUAUAUGGUGUGCAAGAAGGAAUUGGGUGUGUACAUAAAAGUAAAACUGAUUCACAGCAUUUCUUAAGCCAUUACAUCUGUUCAGCAUGCGGUGGCCCAUGUGCCUUGCUGUUAUGUUUACAUACUUACAAAUAAACUGGUGCAUUUAA